AUGAGGCAUAGCCAGCGUUUUUCCAGUCCGGUGCGAGAAUUGAAAAUUGUCGAUUUCUGGGUCGAGUUCAAAGAUGAACCACGUUCACACUCACAAGAUUCGAAGCCCAAAGAAAUGAAAACGUUGAAACACGACUUGGACCAAUAUUUCACCAAAUGGGAUUUGAGGAAGAAUAUUGACGAAGCCAAAGAUCGGAUAGUGAACAACGAGGCCACCAAAUCCAACGAGAAUGCCCUUGUGAAAGUGAAAACUCUUGAGCCUACAUCAAAA